GCAUCGUCACCGCUGCUACGGCCACCUCCCCACAACAUGCCGAACUCCACUUCCCAAUCUUCCCUCAACGGCUGCCCUCCUCCUUUCUACGAUGUCAACAAUUUUGGUCUGGAGGGAUAUCUCCCGGGACGCUUUUGUAUGCCCCUCGGUCCCGGACUAAAUUGCUGUUUACCAUGCCCGGCAACCGAUUUCAUAUACCCUUCCGACUUCAAAACCUGGUACCGCGCAGCAGAGAUCCUCAAUCUGGUCGGACUAGUCCUACUAUGCUUCCUCCUCCUUUGCUUUGUAGUCCUACCACCCGAGAAAUCACGCCGACACUACCUCAGCAACUGCCUGAUAGUGGCCGCCAUCUUAAUGGCCCUGGCCUUUGUCAUUCCCUAUGGUACAAGACCAUCACAGUGCCUCAAUGAAAUCACACCAAACGACAUGUACUCUGAUCUGUCCUGUGCAUUUUCCGGCGCCUUCUUGAUUGCAGGCGGCAUGUCCAUGGCCGUGUGGAUUUUCAUUCGAGCUCUUUCCAUGCAUCUCCAGAUUUGCUGGGAUAUCUUGCCCGGCAAGAAAUUCUUCUACAGUGCCCAAGUGUUUGGCUGGGCCAUUGCAGCAGGCUUCUUUACAGCCACCAUCACCGUCACUGGCGUAUCCUACCGUUUCGGCGACAUAUGUCACGUCAACUACGAGGAUGCACUCAAAGAUUUUUGGGGUCCUCUUCUGGCCAUUUCCGGAGCCGCCACCGUUGUCCAGUUUUCUACAUUCGUAUACUGCAUCAAAGUCUACCUCCAGAACAUGUGGAGUGAUGAGAAGACCGAAACACAGAGCAGUGGCCUUCCCUCCUACACCAACAGUGUGCGCACACGAUCUGCUCGCACGGUGUACCAACGUGUCAGUAAAGUGGUAUGGCUUCAAUGGCGCGGUAUCGCUAUUGUCAUGUUUAUUCUCGUUGACGUCAUCUUCUUCUCCAUUGUCUUCGUUUAUCUCAAUGACACCACUUCGCACGCCUUGGACGACAAGACCAAAGUUCAACCAUUCUUGGACUGUUUGAUCAAAAACCCCGUCGAUAACGACCAAUGCGCCUCUCUUGCCGAGGCCCUCUUUCUCAAUCAAAGGACAGUGGUGGCGAUCCUGAUCAUGCUCUCGCUCGCGGGAAUUCAAGUGUUUGUGCUUCUCUUCCGUACCACCAUGAUCACCGCAUGGCCCGGUGUAUUCCGCCAGCGAUUCGGCCGCCACAAGCGCGAUUUCGUCUCCCUUGAUGCAAAGCACGAUGCACGCGUAGGAUCACAACAGUAUGAACUGUCCAAAUUCCCUGCGGGGCCUCAAAGUGCCGUGACCAGCCCAGGCUUCAACACCGAGUUCGAUCCGCACAACCGCUCUGGCACCACUUCGCCUGAGUACUUCAGCAAGGGAAGUCAGCAGCGCGAAUACAGUGCGCCAAAGCACAGCUUCUCGGCGCCUCUUUCUCCCACCCGGACAGAAUGGAACCCCCAAUCCACUCAUGCACGCGGAGGAUUGGGUCUGCAUCCCCCCCUUGAGGAGGAUGAAAAAUACGACAAUAAGUUUUGAACGUAACGAAAUAUACCACAUUAAUUCCCCUUAAAAAACUCCAAACCCAACGAGAAACCAUCAACAACACUUAAACCCGAAAACCAUAGUGACAUGGAUCGGGAAUAUAUCAGAAGCCAUACGGCAGCGAAUAGCAUUGCCGAAAAGAGGAGCUACACUCGCAUUGUCACUGCUUCGAACGACGACUACCCGAUUCGGUGAAACACUGCUGGUCCAAGUGUGCCAGAAAGAGAAGGUCGCGCCUAUCAAAGACGCAAGCUUCCAUGCACGCUUGCACUCGUACAUCCAUUCGCCCGUC